UUCAGCUCCACCCCUAUGUGGCGGCUCACUUGAUCAGAUCCUUGAACGUGAACCGUUUAGCUGAGAAGCACUUUUGCUGGAGCCCGGAGAACACAGGGAUACGGCGAGGAGGUCUCUACUUCGCAGGAGUUGCUCUUUUCCGCUUAGUCUUAUAGAAACGGUGUUUUUACAAAAGAGCUCAUUUUCCAGACUGCAUCGAUGAUGGGAACUAAGGCUGCCUUACAUCUUGCUCUAUGUAUCUGGCUUCUAAUCUCGGCUCAUAUUAUAAUGACCGCUGAUGCUGCGAUUACUUGCGCGUCUUGUCAAUUGGCAAUUCACCUAAACCGGGAAGAAUUACUGCGGGAAAAACGAAUGAAUGAAGGAGAGACGGGAUUUGCACUUAAAGAGCAAUUCGGCGAGGAAUUCCCACGAACGAGAUAUUUUGCUGAUAAAAGAGAGGUACUUUAUAGAUCAGACGAAUUCGGGGUGCCUGACCAUGUAAAGAAAUGGUCUGCGGAUGCGGGAGAUGGAGUUUCAGAACUAUUCCCGCAUAAUCCGUCUCAGGCAAGUGAAAAAGUAAGACUUGACGGCGAUAAAAGCGACACGGGGGGGAAGCAAUUAGGGGAGAAGAGUUCGGCGUUUCUGCGGCCGAAGCGGAGCGAAGCAGAAGUAGGUGAAUUUUCCCAAAGUGUGAGAAGCGGCGACGCUUUAAUGGAUGGAGCGCAAGACAGGAAAGCAGCUGGCCCGAUGUUCGAGGGACACAGGCAGGGCAGGUCCGAGUUCACCUGGGCCGGGGAUGAUGGUAAAGUGAUAAAUCCUCGACAAGAUGAGCCCAAAGUUACCAGCACCACCUUUGCAUUGACGGGGGAUUCCGCGCACAACCAGGCUAUGGUGCACUGGUCUGGACACAACAGCAGCGUGAUCCUAAUCUUGACCAAGCUUUAUGACUUCAACUUGGGAAGCGUGACAGAAAGCUCUUUAUGGAGGUCAACAGACUAUGGGACCACUUAUGAAAAAGUAAAUGACAAAGUGGGAUUAAAGACAGUGCUGAGCUACUUGUAUGUCUGCCCAACAAAUAAAAGAAAGAUAUUGGUGCUAAGUGACCCGGACCACGAAAGCAGCAUCCUGAUCAGCUCUGAUGAGGGUGCAAGCUAUCAGAAAUUCCGGAUGAACUUUUAUAUUCUGAGUCUUCUAUUUCACCCAACGCAAGAAGACUGGGUGUUGGCAUACAGUCAUGAUCAUAAGCUGUACAGUUCGGUUGAUUUUGGAAGAAAGUGGCUUCUAGUCCAUGAACACGUAACACCAAACAGAUUCUACUGGGCAGUAAUAGGUUUGGACAAGGAGUUAGACCUGAUUCACAUGGAAGCCCACACAGCCAAUGGACGGGCACAAUAUGUAACAUGCAAGGUUCAAGGAUGCUCUGACUCAAGCAGAAAUGAUCCUUUCCCUGGAUAUAUUGACACGAGUUCCCUUGUAGUUCAGGAUGACUACAUGUUCAUUCAGGUUACAACAUCGGGACGAGCGAGUUAUUAUGUAUCAUAUCAGAGAGAACCAUUUAUGAAGAUCAAACUACCUAAAUAUUCCCUUCCAAAAGACAUGCACAUUAUUAGCACAGAUGAGAACCAGGUUUUUGCAGCAGUGCAGGAGUGGAAUCAGAAUGACACAUAUAAUCUAUAUAUAUCUGACACACGUGGAAUCUACUUUACCCUGGCCCUGGAGAAUCUUAAAACCACCCGAGGACUUGAGGGAAACAUUAUGAUCGACUUUUAUGAGGUAGCGGGGAUAAAGGGAAUGUUCAUAGCCAACAGAAAGCUUGAUAAUCAGGUGAAGACAUAUAUCACCUACAACAAAGGCAGAGACUGGCGUUUACUACAGGCCCCUGCUUCAGACCUGACAGGCCAUGACAUUCACUGCACUCUGCCUUUCUGUUCCCUGCAUUUACAUUUGCAGAUAUCAGAAAAUCCUUACACUUCUGGAAGUAUUUUGAGCAAAAGUUCAGCACCAGGCAUUAUCGUGGCUACAGGUAAUAUCGGCUCUGAGCUUUCAUACAAUAAUGUUGGAAUGUAUAUAUCAUCAGAUGCUGGUAAUAACUGGAGACAGAUUUUUGAGGAAGAGCAUAGUGUUUGGUUUCUGGACAAAGGAGGUGCCCUGCUUGCAGUUAAGCAAGCAACAGUCCCUAUCAGGCAUCUGUGGAUCAGCUUUGAUGAAGGCAGACAGUGGAUUCGACAUGGCUUUUCUUUGGUGCCUCUCUUUGUGGAUGGAAUUUUAGUGGAGCCAGGGACAGAAAAUCAGAUAAUGACGUUUUUUGGGCACUUUAGCCAUCAUUCUGAAUGGCAGCUUAUCAAAAUCGACUAUAAAUCCAUCUUCACUAGAAGAUGCACUGAAGGGGACUACCAGACGUGGCAUUUGCACAACCAGGGUGAACCUUGUGUAAUGGGAGAGAAACAAAUCUAUAUGAAGCGUAGACCAGGAAACCGAUGCAUGCUGGGAAAAGACUACUCCAGAAUACUAUCAGCUGAACCUUGCAUCUGUAGAACCUAUGAUUUUGAAUGUGAUUAUGGAUAUGAAAGCCACGGGGAUGGAAAAUGCCUCCCGGCAUUUUGGUUUAAUCCUUCCACAGUGACCAAAAGCUGCAGCUAUGGGAGAAACUUCCUCAACAGCACUGGAUACCGGAAAGUAGCAUCCAAUAACUGUACAAAGGGAGUGAAGGAAAUAUAUACAGCCAAGAAGCAGCAAUGCCCUAACUCAACUCCCAGAGGCCUUCAGCUGAUCACUAAUGACGGGAAGCUGACAGCUACCCUUGGUGCCAACGUUACGUUCCUUGUGCAUCUUGAAGAGGGUGAUUCUAUGAGAACAAACAUUCAGUUGGAUUUUGGGGAUGGCAUAGCGGUGUCCUACUCAAACCUUACCUGGACGAAAGAUGGAAUAAAACAUCUUUACAAAAGUGCUGGAAUAUUUCGAGUUACUGCACUUGCAGAAAACAACCUUGGAUUUGACAGCACUACACUUUACUUACACAUCAGCUGCCCAAUAGAGCAUGUCCAUCUCCUAGCUCCAUUUGUUGCAAUCAGGAAUAAGGAGGUCAACCUCACUGCCGUUGUCUGGCCAAGCUAUCCUAGAACCGUAACCUAUUUCUGGUGGUUCUGGAACAGCACUGAGCCAAUAGUAACCUUGGAAGGAAGCAUUUCCACUACUUUUGCAGCAGAGGGAAUGAAUACAGUUACAGUCCAGGUGUCUUCUGGGAAUAUAAUAUUACAGGAUACAAGAACAAUAGCAGUCCAAGAGUUCUUCAAAUCACUCCUUUUAUCUUUCUCCCCUAAUCUGGAUGAGUACAACCCAAACAUCCCAGAGUGGAGGCAGGACGUAGGAAGAGUAAUUAAGAAGGCCCUUCUACAGGUGGCUGACAUUCCGGAAGAGCAACUCCUGGUAGCUGUAUUUCCUGGUUUGCCAACCGCAGCGGAACUGUUCAUUCUACCGCGCAAAAACUAUUCUGAAGGAAGGAAAAAAAGUGAAGAGGACCUGGAACACAUAUCAGCAAUUCUAGUCAGUGCACUUAAUCAGAAUUUGGUCGAGUUUGAACUGAAGCCUGGCGUUCGAGUCAUUGUUUACAUCACACAGUUAACUUUAGCUCCCCUGGUUGAUUCCAGCCAGAGAAACAGCAGCUCUGCUAUGCUGAUGCUUCUAUCAGUUGUGUUCCUGGGUUUAGCUGUUUUUUUAAUCUACAAGUUCAAAAGAAAAAUUCCAUGGAUAAACAUAUAUGCUGAGGUUAACCACGAGAAAGAGCAGGAGAUGAUUGGCUCUGUCAGCCAAAGUGACAGCACACCGAAAAUAACACUUAGCGAGUUCUCCACUCCCAAGGAGCUGAAAGAGAAAGAACUGGAUGCAAGGAUUAAAGGAGGAAUUGGGAUUGUCAGUGAGAGCACAAGGGAGAUUCCAAACUGCACUAGUGUUUAAAAGAAAAAAAAAAAGUUACACAUUGUACAGCAGUAGUGGAAAUUUGGGGGAGGGGGGUACUUAUUUUGUAAUUCUGAAGGUUCAUGUUAAUAGUUUUGUAAGGACCUCAUUUAUACAGAUUUGCAUGGAUGUCUUGUUUUAUAAGAUUUAUGCGGUCAAUCUAAAUCUGCUUAACAAGGCAUUUUAAGAAAGUUUCCCAUUCAUGUUUAUGUAAAAGUUUGCAGAAGCUGUACACAUGGAAAUUGUUCGAGUAUUUACUCCAGUUGUUCCAUCACUGUUGGAUUUUUUUUAAUUAUUUAAAAAUAUUGGAUACUCAUGAUGGUAAUAAUCAUUACUGUGUUUAUUUAUAUUAAUAGAAAUGUGGUUAUGUUGCUGUCCCACUGCAGCUGGUAUUGGUUGUUACUCAUGAAAACACACAAAUUUAAUUAACGUGGAAAUUAUUUGUUUCCGCUAAAAUAUACACGUUUUCCCAUGUGAUGGUGUUAUGGGUUUAUUGCAGUCUACUGUAGAAUAAUAUAUUUUUUUUUUUAACAUUUCCAAAUUUGCAAAUAUAUUAAAUAUAUAAUUUUCACACUUUUGUAUUGGAUAAGAUAUUUUUUCUUAUUUAAUAACAGUAAGAAAACAAAAUGAACAGGUAAGGUAGCUAAUAAUGGGAGAGGAUUUGUUGCUGUAGUACAAAUCCUAGAAAAGGUUUAGCUUUUGUACCCGUGAAGAAGAUAGUUUACCUGAAUUGUUAAAACAUCGUAUUUGACUAUAAAAAUAUGUGACUUUGAAGGGAAAAAGGUGUUGACUGAAAUAAUAAUAAUAAUAAAAUCAUCAGUAGCUACAUAAUAAAAUCCUAAUAUUCUUUGACAUUAUUAAAAUUAUGUCUUUUUUUUGCAAUUGGUACAAUGAAAUAAUUUAUCGUUUAUUUGAAUGACAUUUGUUUAUUUAUUUUGUCAAAAAAAAGUUUUGUCUUAGUCCCGUUUCAUAGGCCCUGAUAUAUUAUCAAUGUUGACAAUGUUUAUAAACAGGUUGUCCUGUGGUGUAGCCCAGCCCUGGCUGCCUGGGGCGGGUCCCAGUAUGUCCCUGCCCCCCUGCCCCCACCUCCCAUGCCCCUGAUCAGGGCUGAAUUUCCCAAAAGCAUAGAACUGUGCAACUGGAUGGGUCCAACCAUAUAAGUUGUUGACGGGAGCUUUUGGGAAACACAGCCCAGAAUGAAUAGGUAGAGGAUGGAUGGAUGGAAAGUGUGAACCGAAAUCUAUAUUGAACAGCGCAAGUAGCACAGCUGCCACAAAGCUAGUUUAAAUUCAAGAAUAAAUUUUUAUAUCAGUAUCAACUAAGAUAUUGAUAUAGAGUAUAUUUUUAAAGUAUAUUUUAUUAGAAAGAAUUGUUUCUCCCCUAUACCACAAAAAUAACAGAAAUAAUAGUUAUACCGCCACUUUAAAAGUAUAUGCUUAUAUUGACUUCAGACUAGAAUGUAUUUCAGUCCAUGUAUAGAUGAAGUUGCAUUUUAUUAUUAUUAUUAUUAUUAU